AUGGCCGUGGCCGGAAAUGCUCAGCAGCCUCUGGUGGAACUUAACGAGCUGCCAUCAGCAAGAGAGGAGCUGCACCAGUUGCUGGUUCAGCUUUACACAACGCUGUUUGAGGAGCAAAGUUUCCUGGAGUUGCUCAUGGAGAGGUACCGAGCCAGCUGGACACUGGGAACGCCGAUCAAGCAUUGGCACCAUCGGUGGAUGGAAUUCCACCGUGAGAACCCUGAGGCUGGAAACCGUUUCUCUCCAGGAAACUGGUUCUGGUACUUCGGCAUGGUGGUCCUCCUUCCACGUGAGAUGUAUGGUCGUAGCGACGACAAGAAUGCGGGCGAUUUUACAGAAGGAUUCCUGAUGUUCGUCUACGAUGGGAUCCGA